UCGCUCAGCAGCACCGUUUCCUUCACCGAGCGCCGGAGCGGCCUGGUCUGAGGCCUCCGCACCGAGCUCAAUUUUUUUCCUCUCCCCGUUGCUGGGGUUGCCGCUCUGUGGUCCCGGCCGGCCGGCGUGACGCCCCCGCUCCGCCGCCAUGAAGCUCGUGAGGUUUCUAAUGAAAUUGAGUCAUGAGACUGUGACCAUUGAACUGAAGAAUGGAACACAGGUGCAUGGAACAAUCACAGGAGUGGAUGUCAGUAUGAAUACGCAUCUUAAAGCUGUGAAAAUGACACUGAAGAACAGAGAGCCUGUACAGUUGGAGACAUUGAGUAUUCGGGGAAAUAAUAUUCGAUACUUCAUUCUGCCAGACAGUUUGCCUCUGGAUACCUUGCUAGUGGAUGUUGAACCAAAAGUCAAAUCCAAGAAAAGGGAAGCAGUUGCAGGAAGAGGCCGUGGCAGAGGUCGGGGCAGAGGCCGUGGUCGUGGCAGAGGAAGAGGGGGACCUAGGCGAUAACUUCUCACACCACAGAUACAUGUUACAAAAUUCUAAGCAGUCUGAUAUUUUUUGUACAGGUUUUGUUUACAAUGUCGAUUUUUUUAAUAAACUCAAAUGUGGAAAAGUUGUCUCUCUUGUCAGUUAAGCCCUGAAUGGGGUUUGUAUUCAUUGUAUGGAGCCGUAGAGCAUUACUGUGGCCUAAGCAUGCCAUGUUACCUUUGUUCAUGCAGUUCAGCCAAGAGAAUUUCUUUUCCUAGUACAUACUAUAAUACCACCUCUUGCUCUUCUCUGACCAGGAAAGCUAGUUGUUAUGUUGUAAUACUGUUCAAUCAAAAUGAAUGUUGUUUCUUCCUUUGCAAGACACAUACCGUGUUCCAUUAAGGUCACAUAACCAAAAUGUAUAUUUAGAGAAUUUAUACUUUUUAAAUGUUGUGUUUUGUUUAACAUUGCAUUUCAGGGGACCUCUUCUGUUGUACUUAACAAAAAAAAAAAAUACAAUUCUACUAUCUAAUUGAAACUUAAUAUGUAACACAUCUUGAGUUCAUUCUGUUAUAGAAAGACUUUCUCACAGGGAAAAAUGGUUCAGAUCUAUCAAACAUUGGAAUGUGGCAUCAUAAGAUUAAAAUCAAAAUACAUAU